AUGCAAUUCGAGUCAGUUUUCUUGUUUUCACGGAGGAACCUGCAUCCAGAGGUCCCGGAGGUGCGAUGGGAGUAUUUCAUCCCACCCAUAGUGCGAUUAGGUAAUCUGACGUCAUCAUCGUCUUCUUCAUCAUCGUCUUCAUCCUCGCCAUCACCCCAACCGCUUCUACUAACUUUUGGAGGCCUGGAGGAUAAUUACGUGUGUGCUGAUGGAUGGAGGGAUGAGUGGAGUGAGGCUGCAUGCAGUUAUUUGGGAUUAGGCCACUUGGAGACUUGGAGCUUGCAGCAGAACCACCCGCGACCACAGAGGUACGUCAUGUUAAAGUACAGUGCCGACAGCAGCAAACCGUUUGCCGGUGGUUUCGACUCCAGCUACUCCUGUCCGUCCAAUGUAACUGUUUCAAUAAGCUGCUCCGAUCAAGACUCGCACACAAAGUCGCACACCGACACAAACGAGCUAUUAUUUCAAACAAUUGAAUGCAUGCAUGACGCCACUAAUGCACGGAGACCAGAGUGUGGCUUGAGGUCGCCAUCCCUCAUCAACAAGUAUGUCGUGAAUGGGGACAUGGCCAACAAGGGAGCCUGGCCCUGGAUGACGCAACUGUUCGUCAACAAGACGUUCACAUGUGGAGGCUCUCUACUGGACAGGAGGUGGAUCAUCACGGCUGCCCACUGUGUCUACCAACUUCAGCCAUUUGCCGUGAAAGUCAGACUGGGGGCGACGACUUUAUUCAGAGAGUUUCUGGACGUGAACAGCAGCAGCAGUAGCAGCAGCAGCAGUAGCAGCAGCAGCAGUACGUACAGCGACGACAAGAACGACAACACCGCCGACACCGCCAUCUACGCAGCUUCAGAUCUCUUCGUUCAUCCCAAAUACAAUGAUGUCAAGAUUGACUAUGACUUCGCUCUUAUAAAAUUAUCGAGACCCGUGACUUACACUCAAUACAUCAAGCCCAUAUGUCUUCCCAGCAUUCAGACAGCCCCCAUCCUGUCACCCUACAAAGUCUGCGUGGUCUCUGGCUUCGGAAGAACAUAUGCCUCAUCUCGACUAUCUCGAUACCUGCUAGAAGGCAAGAUGAACAUAAUGGACUAUGGCACGUGCGUGCGAAAUGUUGAAGAGACGAUGCGGAUUCCCCGGAUGAAUGUGAACAUCAACAAUCUGACCAUGCUCUGCUGCGGUUCCUACCCAACUACCAAUGGAAUCAACACGUGCAUGGGGGACAGUGGAGGCCCCCUGGCCUGCCAGGCCUACGACGGUAAGUGGCACGUCCAGGGACUGAGUAGCUUCUCCUUCAAUACAGCCUUCCCAUCCUGUAGCACUUCUAUGUUUGCCAACGUGUCAGCAGUCAUUAACUGGUUCCGGACUAUUAUGGAUGAAAAUUCUUCCUGA